CCCCCGCAUCUCGUCGCCUGUUCCCGCCUCCGCAUUCUCCUUCUCGACGGCAAUCUCCUCUCCGGCUCCAUCCCGCCGGAGCUCUUCCACUCCAGAUUGCUCGUCAAGCUCAAUCUCGGCGACAAUGCGCUCUCCGGCUCGAUCCCUCCCGAGGUAAGAUCCUCCACUAAGCUGGAAUACCUCGGUCUGUAUCAGAAUUCAUUAAAUGGAGAGAUCCCAGAGGAGCUCUUCCUCCUUCCCAAUCUCAAAUACUUAUACCUCAACACCAACAAUCUUACCGGUAGUUUGCUUGGUUUCCCCGCCGAUUGCUCGAUCUCCGAACUGUAUGUUCACGAGAACAUGCUUUCCGGCGAGCUCCCCCAUAGCCUGAUCAAUUGCCGGAACCUCACAUCAUUCCUUGCAUCCUAUAAUGGUUUUGGAGGAAUGUUGCCGGAUGUGUUCUCCGACCUUCGCGGGCUGGAGAAACUCUAUCUUGAUGAUAAUAAUUUCGUGGGAGAGUUGCCCUGGAGCAUAGAAAGCCUUGAGAAUCUGCAAGCGCUUUAUCUUUCAGGGAAUGGUUUCAAUGGCAGCAUCCCUGAAGGAAUUGGCCAAUGCCGAUCCCUGAUCACUCUCUCCUUGUGGGGUAAUCGGUUCACAGGUCCAAUUCCCCCCUCGAUAGGAGACCUCAGGAAUCUGGAGUUUCUUUAUCUUGGGCAGAACCUUCUUGUGGGGCCUCUGCCGCCCGAGCUCGGGAAAUGCAGCUCCUUGGUGGAGCUUGGCCUUCAGGAAAAUCUUAUCGGAGGAUCGAUUCCCCCGGAGAUUUGUGAUCUCAGGGACCUUGAGAGUCUGUACCUCUUCAAGAACCAAUUAGAAGGAACCAUUCCUCGAGAUAUUGGGAAAAUGAGCAGUCUUGUGAGCUUGCAGUUGUAUAACAACAGUUUGAGUGGAGAGAUCCCUGCAGAGAUUACCCUUCUGAGGCGGCUGAGUUCUCUGUCUUUGGCUUUCAACAAUCUGACCGGGGAGGUGCCUCCAGCUCUCGGGAAGAGCACGGCCGGCGGUUUGGUCAUGCUGGAUUUGACGGGCAAUGAUUUUUAUGGACCGAUACCGAGUGAUCUCUGCUCCGGUGGUAACCUUACUGUUUUGGUUGUCGGACGCAAUCAUUUCAAUGGUAGCUUCCCUGUUGAGAUUGCUGGCUGUGCAUCGCUUAGGAGACUGAUUCUAAGCCAUAAUUGUCUUCAAGGAAAUAUACCGGAAAACUUGAGUUCGAAAUUGGGAACAUUAUACUUAGACCUCAGCAAUAACUUGUUUGAUGGAAGCAUACCACCCAUUCUUGGUUCCUGGCACAACCUCUCAAUGCUUGACAUAUCAAACAAUUUUUUUUCUGGGCCUAUACCUCCUGAACUUGGUAAUCUCGGGAAUCUUCAAACUUUACGCAUCUCCUCGAACAGGUUAACAGGAUCAAUUCCCUCUGAAUUAGGUAAUUGCACAAAGCUUCUUCACUUAGACCUCAGUGAAAAUCAACUUUCAGGAAGCAUUCCUAUGGAGAUUGCUACAUUAGAGAAGCUGCAAACUCUGAUCCUGUCAGGGAACAAGCUCACGGGAGAGAUUCCUGACUCCUUUACAUCUCUCGAGGGCCUACUUGAAUUGCAGCUUGGAAACAACAUGCUGGAUGGGACUAUCCCUUACAGUCUGGGUAAUCUUCGAUACAUAUAUCUAGCACUGAACCUUAGCAACAAUAGAUUGACUGGCCAGAUUCCUGCUAGCCUUGGUAACCUUGAUAAGCUGCUGAUGCUUGAUUUAUCGAGCAACUCUCUGUCUGGUGAGAUUCCUUCACGACUAGACAAUAUGAUCUCUCUUUCGUUUGUGAAUAUAUCUUUUAACCAACUAUCUGGGAAUCUACCUACCAGUUGGGUUAAGCUUUUAGCUUCAUCACCCGAUUCUUUCUUGGGAAUCCCUGACUUAUGUCUCCGGGGCAAAGAUGGGAGUCGUUGCCAGAAAGAAAUAAAACAGCAUGACCACAGAACUAGAUGGGUUUUACUACCUGUCGUAGUGUCUGGUGCCGUCCUCCUAGUAGCUGGAUUAUGUGCUAUCAACUAUAUAGCUGUGAGAGCUCGUCGCCUGUCAGCUCGUCAUGUUUCAAUACGUAGUGUCGACUCAACUGAAGACUUACCAGGAGAUUUGACAUAUGAAGAUAUAUUGCGAGCUACUGAAGAGUUGAGUGAAAAAUAUGUGGUUGGGAGGGGCAGGCAUGGAACUGUUUAUCGCACUGGGUUUGGAAUUGACAAAUGUUGGGCUGUGAAGAAGCUUGAUUUGUCAGAGUCCAGCUUUUCCCUUGAACUGAAGAUUUUGAGUUUGGUAAAGCACCGAAACAUAGUCCGAAUGGCUGGAAAUUGCAUCAGAGAUGGUUUUGGUUUCAUAGUUUAUGAGUACAUGUCUGGUGGGACACUUUUCGAAGUCCUACAUCGGAGGAUGCCUCAAGUGGCCUUGGACUGGAACACCCGUCAUCGUAUUGCUCUCGGGAUAGCCCAAGCCCUGUCCUAUCUUCAUCAUGACUGUGUGCCACAGAUCAUUCAUAGGGAUGUGAAGUCAAACAACAUAUUAAUGGAUGCUGAGCUAGAACCCAAGAUCGGAGACUUUGGAAUGGCUAAAAUUGUCAACAAUUCAGAUGUUAGUUCAACAAUAUCUUCAAUCAUAGGAACUCUAGGCUACAUAGCCCCUGAAACUGGCUAUUCAACCAGACUGAGUGAGAAAUGUGACGUUUACAGCUAUGGAGUUGUUCUAUUAGAGCUUCUUUGCAGAAAAUUACCGGUAGAUCCCAGCUUUGAAGAUGGAGUUGACAUUGUUCGAUGGAUAAAAUCAAAUUUGCAGAAGUCUGAUGAGUGGAGUCCUCUUGGUUGCCUUGAUGAAGAAAUCUGGUACUGGGAGGAAGAUGAGAAGGCAAAAGCACUGAAGCUAUUGGAUCUAGCAAUUUCCUGUACUCAGUUGGCAUGCGAGGCAAGGCCCUCCAUGAGAGAAGCAGUGAGGAUCUUGUUCAAGCUGGAUGGAUAGUAUAAUUAAUUUACUUCUGCUCAAGAGAAUCCUGCAUCACCAAGGGCAAGCUGGGGGAGUGCUAGUCAGGUCCCUUCUUUCCGGAUGCUCUUCAGAAUUGACAUCCAAAGAUGAAAUUGAAGAGCCUAACAAUUAACAGUUAGUGGAUCCUGGCCAAUUAAUAUAAUCAUGUAAGAUGUCCUUGCUGGGUCCUGAUUCAGUAUAUAUUUCAACUUGGUGCCUAGCUACUCCAAAGAUGAGGCUUGUGAUCUUGGCAGCUGCAUAUCUGAAGAGAAGGCAGGUGACUCUCACUUCAUCAAAAUACCCUAUGCAUCUUAAAUCAUCCUAAAUCCGGGCUGUAAGCUUUUCACAGAAUUGAUGCCUACCAACUAGAUGUUAGGGACCUAAGAUCUUAUGCACUUCUCAACAUGUAUAAUUCUGUUUUGGAAGAAGCCCUGUGCCAAUUGGAUGGCAGUGCAUCAUUUUAUUUUUCAGCUUGGGAGGUGGGGAAGAACAAAAAUAGUACAGAAAUUCUGAAGCUGUCUAUGCUAAAAUUGACGAGUCUUUACUUCC